AUGGCGACCGAAGCGCUUCGGCCCAGAGGCAGACCUGCCCAUACUCCGGGAACAACUGUGUUGACAUACACACCAAACGGUCGUCGAAUCGUCACUGGCGGUUCUAAUUCGGCGAUUCGAGUCUAUACAGUCGGAGAAGAUGGUGAACCGAAGACCAUCGAUGAAGGUGUCGAUGGGAAUCUUGGAAUUGGCGCUACUAAUGACUCUUUUAUCAUGGGAGCGGAGGAUGGCACAGUCUGGAAGUAUGGGAUAGAAUCAGGCAAGAUGGAACAACUACUUGUACGAUGCGCGCUGCCCGUUAGAGAUUUGGCGGUCACAAAGGAUGGGGAAUGGGUGGCUGUUGCGAGCGAUGAGCUCACAGUCAAGCUUGUCAAUAUCGAAAAUAUGACCAUAGUCAAGUACCUCCGAGACCAAGCCAAAGGCACGAAACACGUUUCCUUUGAUCCGAACGGACGGUACAUUGCCGUCUCCUGCACAGACGGUCUUGUCUAUAUCUACUCUUCUUUCUCGGACGAGCCUGAGUUGGUACGGAAACUGGACGGGGUCAUCCGAAGACUGGAGCCGGAGGACGAGGCAACAUCAAGAAUUGUCUGGCACCCUGAUGGGACAGCAUUUGCGUCUGCUGAAGCCACUCGGGAUGUCGCUAUCUAUUCUGUCUCCGAGUGGAAGAAGGAGAAGGUCUUCUCAGGUGGUCACAAUGGAGAUAUCACCUCGGUCAGUUGGUCGCCCAAUGGAGCUCUUCUUGCGACAGCGGGUGCCGAUGGCCAGAUCUUGAUCUGGGAAACCAAGACCCAGAAAGUCCUCCACCGCUAUGACUUUGGGAACGUUAUCAACCUUGCUUGGCACCCUAGCAAGAACUCACUGUCAUUUACAACUUCGGACGGUGAACUCUUCAUUUACGAUGGCUUCCUACCAGAAGAACAUCAGCAUCACUUGCAGAAGCCCUUGCAGGCUGCGCCUAUAUUCCCUGGGGUUCUGGCAGAGGUGUCUGGGAAUGCCGCUCGCUCAUUAACAAACAGACCGAAAGAGUCGAUCGAGCGCCCACGAAGAGCAGGUACACCCGACUCGCUAGAUGAUCUUCUCGGGUCCGAUCAGGGCAUGGAGGAUUUUGUUGAGGACGAUGAUGGGGCCGGGUACGCGGAGGGUGUCAACCCAUAUGGCAAACGGACGAAUGAACAUCUUGAGGAUAUCGACGGGCAUCUUGAUAAACGGCUAUUGACCAGCUAUUCGAAGCCCAAAACGCAUCAACCUCUUCAAUCAGGGAGCACGCCUUGGAGAGGCAACAGACGCUAUCUCUGUUUGAACCUGACUGGCUGUGUUUGGACUGUUGAUCAGGAAACACACAACACAGUGACCGUGGAAUUUUAUGACCGAGAACUUCACCGGGAUUUUCACUUCACAGAUCCCUAUCUCUACGAUCGCGCAUGUUUGAAUGAAAAUGGAACCCUCUUCUCAAAUAACCCGACAGAUGGCAGCCCCGCUACUAUAUUCUAUCGCCCUCACGAGACCUGGACUACACGGGCGGACUGGCGGACGCAACUACCCCAAGGAGAAUUGAUCAGAGCGCUGGCGCUUAGUGAGUCGUAUAUCGUGGCUGUGACGACCAAGGAUUAUGUCCGUGUGUAUACACUGUUUGGCACACCAUUCAAGGUGUUCAGACAAAAGAGUCCGGCAGUUACCUGCGCAGCUUGGCGCGACUAUGUGAUGACUAUCGGCAAUGGACCACUGGGCAGUGAUGGCCUCACAGCGACCCUCAAAUACUCAAUUGAGAAUGUCAAAAGAGAUGAAGUAUGUCAGAACGAGGAUGUAGUUGCUCUUCCAGAGGGUUCGGAGCUACGCAGUGUCUUCUUCUCUGAUAGCGGGGUAAGUGAUCUUUUGAGAAAACAGACUCUCUGUGUGCAGCACACUGACAUUAAGCAGGAUCCUUGUAUAUAUGAUUCGGAAGGCGUGCUGUUGAUCUUACAGCACUGGCGUAUCAACGGUCAGGCUCGUUGGGUCCCACUUCUUGAUACUAAACAACUGGAGCGAUUAGCGGGUGGACGUAAGGAGGAGACUUACUGGCCUGUUGCAGUUGCGCAAGAGAAGUUCCAUUGUAUCAUUCUCAAAGGAGGGGACAAAUACCCCUACUUCCCACGCCCACUGCUCAGUGAGUUUGACUUUCGGGUUCCCAUCUCCGACGCACCGCACAAGGACUCAUCCGAGGAGGAAGAAGACGGCGCUUCUCGUGACGAUGCUGCUGCGCGGUUUGAGGAGUCCUUUGUUCGUGGCAAUGUCCUUCUUUCACUGUUCCAGGAUCUCUUGUCAUCGACCAAUGCAACCCCCAGUCAACGGGCAGAAUUGGCCAGGAAAGAGAUCGAGUUGGAUAAGAUUCUUUUACAGAUGCUUGCGGUUGAGUGCAGAGAAGGAGAGGAGCGUGGCAUGAAGGCAUUGGAACUGGUGGGGAUGAUGAAGGAUCGCAGUGGAAAGAUGAUCGAAGCUGCGGCCAAAGUGGCUGAACGAUACGGACGUGGUGUUUUGGAAGACAAGAUCCGGGAUCUGGCAGAGAAACGGUUCAUGGGCACAGAUGAUGAUGAUGAGCUGGCUUGA